GACUCGGAGAAGGCCACCUAUAAUAGAUGGCGGUGAUGAGACCUUAUGGUAUAGAAUAGAACGUGCGUCGGUGUCAGUACAAUUACGGCUGUCUUUAGACAUUACACGGAAGGCGUUUUGACGUUUUCGAUUACAUCGUACAGCCAAAAUACGUUCUUUCGCACGAGGAGUAAAGAGAGUCGCGAUGGCGCCGAUUGCGGAACAGAAAUACACAUAUGACCUCUUGGUCAUUGGUGGAGGAUCCGGUGGCCUGGCAGCAGCUAAAGAAGCGGUGGGACUAAAUGCAAAAGUGGCAGUUUUGGAUUACGUGACUCCCUCUCCUCUUGGGACCACUUGGGGCUUAGGUGGUACUUGUGUCAAUGUAGGAUGUAUACCCAAAAAAUUAAUGCAUCAAGCCGCAUUGCUCGGUGAAGCUGUUCAUGAGGCGGCCACAUUUGGUUGGCAGUUACCUGAUCCUAAGACUGUGAAAAUCAACUGGGAAGCCUUGAAGACUGCUGUACAAAAUCAUGUUAAAUCUGUCAACUGGGUCACUCGUGUUGAGCUUAGAACUAAGAAAGUGGAUUAUUUCAACGCUCUUGGACAUUUCAUGGAUGCACACACGGUAGUUGGAGUUACUAAAAAAGGAGAGGAGAAAGUUUUUACAGCUAAAAACAUAUUAAUCGCGGUGGGUGGUAGACCUAGAUAUCCCGAUAUUCCAGGUGCUCUAGAGUAUGGCAUAAGUAGUGAUGAUAUCUUCAGUUUAGAACGUGCUCCAGGCAAGACUCUUGUUGUCGGAGCUGGAUAUAUUGGCUUAGAGUGUGCUGGUUUUCUUAAUGGCUUAGGCUAUGACACGACAAUAAUGGUCCGAUCGAUCGUGUUGCGUGGAUUUGAUCAACAAAUGGCAAACCUCGUUGCCGAAGAAAUGGAACAACGCGGUGUACAUUUCAUCUAUCAAGCAAAGCCUAAGAAAGUUGCGAAGCAAGAGGAUGGCCGCCUUCUUGUUGACUGGGUCGACAAGGAUGGUCAAAUUCAUCAAGAUGUGUAUGAUACCGUUCUAUUUGCUAUUGGCCGACGGGCGCUUACAGAGGAGUUAAAACCGGAGAAUGCCGGGUUGAAACUUGUUCCAGAAACUAACAAAAUUGAAGCAAUUAAUGAACAAACGAAUGUUCCCAACAUUUACGCAGUUGGUGAUGUACUUCAUAAAAGACCCGAAUUAACACCGGUCGCUAUACAUGCAGGCAAAUUACUUGCGAGAAGACUGUUCGAUAACUCUACUGAGCAAAUGGAUUACACAAAUGUAGCAACGACAGUAUUCAGUCCUUUAGAAUACGGAUGCGUUGGAUUGAGCGAAGAAGCGGCGAUAGGACUUCACGGAGAGGAAGAGAUAGAGAUUUAUCAUGCGUACUACAAACCAACGGAAUUUUUCGUUCCCCAGAAGGACGUCGAUCGUUGUUAUGUGAAGGUUGUCGCAUUCAGAAGCGGUGAUCAGAGGGUGCUUGGUAUACACUUUGUUGGACCAAACGCGGGCGAAGUGAUUCAAGGAUUUGCUGCUGCUAUUAAAUGUGGCUUAACAAUUCCGAAAUUGAAGGCCACUGUGGGAAUUCAUCCAACAGUAGCAGAGGAAUUUACACGUAUAUCCGUCACUAAACGUUCAGGCCUGGAUCCUAAGCCCCAAAGCUGCUGCAGUUAAUUUUUUCUUAAAUUAAUGUAUAUAGUACAUAAUGUGUUAUUAUUCAACAUAUAGAUUAUCUAUUACUAGAAGAUAAUGUUUUUUUUUUCUAAUAUCAGUCGAGAUGAUAAUCCUUUUCAAUUGAAAUGGUAUUUUAGUCUGUAAUAUACACAAUGCUGAAAUAUCGUGAUAUCGCGUAAAAUAAGCAACGCGAAAGAAUAAAAUCUAGAAAUGAUAAUUGUAAUAUCGCGUUUUGAUCAACAAUGAUCUUUUAUAUAUAUUAUUUUUUCAAGAAACAAAGCGCCUUUACGACAUACGCAUCAAUGAUAUAAGAAAUUAUUUUAAACAGGAAAAGGAAAUAAAUAUGUUAAU